AUGGUGGGAAAAAGAUUAUUUCUUAGGUUUAUUUUCUUGGUUCUUCUGGUUCUCUUCCAAGAGGAGUAUUGCAAGGCUAGAGCCUAUCUCGGCCCCAGUUUUGUUCAUAUAAGCGGGACCCAUUUCUUGAUGAAUGGGAAGCCGUUAUUCCUAAAUGGCUUCAAUGCUUAUUGGUUGAUGUACAUGGCAUCUGACGCGUCUACGAGGAUGAAGGUAACAACUACAUUUCAACAAGCUUCCAAAUAUGGGAUGAAUGUUGCCAGAACUUGGGCUUUCAGUGAUGGUGGUUACAAACCCCUACAGUACUCUCCUGGUUCCUACAAUGAGAACAUGUUCAAGGGAUUGGAUUUUGUGGUGUCAGAAGCUAGGAAGUACGGAGUUUACUUGAUACUUAGCUUGGUGAAUAAUUAUGAAGCUUUUGGGGGAAAAAGACAGUAUGUCCAGUGGGCAAGGGACCAAGGUCAACACUUGAACAACGAUGAUGACUUUUAUACCAACCCCGUUGUUAAAGGGUACUACAAAAAUCAUGUGAAGGCCAUGCUCACAAGAGUCAACUCGAUAACUGGGGUGCCAUAUAAAGAUGAUCCCACCAUUUUUGCAUGGGAGCUAAUGAACGAGCCUCGUUGCCAAAGUGACCUAUCUGGACGAGCUAUUCAG